CACACACAGAUAUGGUUCACUUCAUAACCGAUGAUACAUAAUAGAUUAAAGGAAGAGAAAAGGAACUGCAAAAGUUAGAGGAAAACACACACGCACGCACACACGCACGUCCCCAGUGGUCACAUGACCCAUAUCCGCUUUGACACAUUCAUACUCAGCCGGCUGCUGUCAUGCUCGUUGAAUUCAGUGGCAGCUAUGAGUGAAGGGAGAGUGAGUGCAGGACCAUGACCACUAACAUGAACCGUAAGACCAUCCUGCAGCAGCAGAGGAGCCUGGACACUUGCCUAGAGGAAAGUGCCUCCAGGAAGGGUCUGCGCUGGAGACGGGGAUCUUUCAAUAAUGGAAAACAGUCUAAAAAUAAAGAGAACUCUGCAGGGACGCUGACGCGGGGACGAGAACAGCUGAGUCAAUCAUAUUCCAACUCUCUGGUGGACUAUUCAGAUCCUCAAAGGACAACAGUUGUGUUGGAAAAACAAGACAAUGAAGCGUUCGGAUUUGAAGUUCAGACAUAUGGGAUUCAGCUGAAUAACAGCAACGAGUUGGAGAUGUGUACAUUUGUCUGCAGCGUGAAGGAGGGUAGUUCUGCAGAGACAGCAGGCCUGACCGCGGGUGACAUAAUAUUGACGGUAAAUGGUGUCAUCAUCAAAGGAUUCACCCAUCAUAAAAUCAUUGAACUGAUCCGAGAAUCUGUCAACAUGCUAAAAAUGGAGACAGUCAGUGGCAGUGUGGUCAAAAGAAUUGAAUUAGAGAAGAAGAUGCGCAUGCUCAAGCAAACACUGCAUGAGAAAUGGUUGGAACUGCAAGCCCUCACUCUACAGGAAAAGCGUCUUACUCGAGGGAAUCUGAAUGACAACUCUGAGCAUCCAUCCAUAGACUCUCUCAUGUCUCUGUCGUCUCCUACUAGUCGGUCUGGACGUCGUUUCUCCAGUGACAGCAGCUGGCCGAGUGUGUUGACAGAUGAAAUCAGCGAAGACGUGUUCGAUGAACCCAGCCCUUGCAGUCCUCACAAACCCAACUGCGACAUAUUCAGUGGUAUGUUUCAGUCAGAGGGGGCGCCACCGAGGCAGGGCCUGUGCCGAACCCGCAGCAUCAGCAGCGGCAGCAGCAGCAACAGCUGCCAGUCACCCACAUGGGAUAAUAGCCGAAUGUCCACAUCCUCCGCCAGCUCUGUGUUCGGCACUCUGCCUCGUCGAGGGAGGAAAGGCAGCAUGAGAAAAAACCUGCUGAAGAUGUUACCCGGACUGAAAUAUUCUCUCGAAGAAGAGGAGACCACCUGAGACAGACUGCUGGCAUGAAGCCAAAAAAGUGGAAUUCUUUAAGAUGAAUGUACUGUAGGCAUCUAAGGUGUAAAAAUAUGAAAAGUGGACUUCUGAUGUUUAAAAGACUUUUCAUGAAUUGUCCAGGCUAAUACUGACAUGUUUGAAAAUGCCAUUUUCAUAUCAAAACAUGUCAACAGGUUUUCUGUCCAGAUUGAAAUGCAGAAAAGACAGGAAGCCAUCAGGAAGCCACCUGUGUGUGCAUAUUUGCACACACUACCUGAGCCAGAAGGUUUAUGCAUUUCAUGCUAAACAGUUUGAUGUGGUCUGUUCCAGAAAAGAAAAAAAGAAAGAAAAGAUGUUUGGCAAUGCUACUGAGCAUGCAGAGGUCUGCUGCACGGCAAUACGAAGCAAUCCAUCCUUCAAGCAGAAACGCGGUGUUUAAAUCUUUCUUGUGAUUGAUUAAAUGUGAUUGGUGUUGGUUCAUAUUCUACAGCAGCAGCCCUGACAGUAGUUCAGCUACAAGAUAAAAAAUACGUUAUCAUAAUCUAAGACUAAUAACAGAGAAACGUGUAUAGUUGAUAAUAGAUUAUUAAAGAAGACAUUGAUGGAAGGAAUCUCCAGUGUCAGUCAGUAAGUUUUCCAUCAAGGGAAUGUCUUCAGAACUUUUUUUUGGCUUAUUAACUUCAAGAGAAAGAAGAAAGAGACUAGUGAGGGAACGACUGCAUCACACCACUGUCAGUGAUUAUUUUCCUACAACAGCAUGCCCCAUUGUGUUUUAUUCCUUAAUUGUUUCAUUGUAAAAGAGUGACCAAGGCAAGAACGCUUGGAUGCUUUGGCUCUUGGAUCAGUGACCUCUCUCUGGACAUUUACGAAUUUAUGGAAUCAGCAUUUACAUCUUUCAUCUUGCAUAUUUCAUAAAUGUGAAAAUGGCAUUUUUUCAUUAACUUUCAGCAUUUUGUUUCAGACGUGUACAUACAGUAUUCCUUAUGGACCAGGCCUUGGCCUAUUCAGCAUUCAGGAACAUGUAGCAUUCCAGAAGUGACAUUCUAGAACCGAGCCCCUUAAUGGCUUGGGUCAAUAUAGGACAAGCCACACGUCAGCAUUACACACACACACACACACACACACUCAUGCAUGCAGACGCACCCACAUGCUCUGAAUAAAAUUGCAUAGGGUGCAGAAUGAGUGAUGAGUGUAACUGAAAAUACAACAUUAAAAACCUGAUUGUUGUUUUUGCAUGUUUAUGAAGUGCAGCAUGUACACUGCUUUACACUGAUGUGGAAGUUUUUUUAAAAAAAAAAUUUUUAACUUGCAUUAAAGCACUGUAUGUGAACAAGAAUAAGUGAUAAAAUAACGAGUGUGAUCAUGCAAUUUUUCAGUUUGACCCACAUGUGCAUUUCACUGUGUGUAGCAAUAAAUUAAAAUGAAGCAACAAUGUAAAUAAUAAAGGUGUAUUUGUUUUUUUU